UCCUCAGUGACUUAGUCUUCACAGAAGUUCUUGUGAAUCCCUGAUCCAAUGAGUGUAAACGUGGUGAUGCAGGCUAGCACUUGCAGGAGUGGCUUAAGAUUUUUGAAGCCUAUCCAUUCUUUCUCAUCUCAGGGAGCUUGUCAGCUUGCAGCUCCACAGCAAAACCAAAACCUUGACCUGCCUCAUCGGCUUCAUGUUUCAUUGGAAGCUUUGGAACGCUCCAGAACAUCACUCCAUGAUUUUUGCAUCUCACAUUUCAUGUUCCAUGGCCUGGAUCCCAGCAACCACGAACACAACUUCAAGUACUUGCCAGUUCUUGCUUUCACGGAGGCUUAUGUGUAUGAGGUCGAUGUAGAAUACGAGAAAGCUCUCAAGAAAAUGCAGGAUAUCCAUGACCCAGUCAAUGACGUGGAUCCCUUUUAUGGACUUAAACUGGAACUCGCGGCUCGAAAUCUCUGGACGGAUAGGAUGGCAAAUGAACUUUUGAAAGGAUGCCAUUACUUGAAACUAGAGCAAUCCAUUUGUCGUUCCGGUCCAGAAGAUCAAAUUUCAAUCCUAGAUGCUCGCAGAGCUUUGGAGUUCAAAUCAGCCGACUACAAGUUGCUCAACCUCUUGCUUUACAAAAUGAGGGGAGAAGAGGUGAAUGAGUUCCACUUCUGCUUUCUAGAGUUGUCAAAUCUUCUUGUGGAGCUAGCAGAUAACUUGUCUGAUUACGAGGAGGACGUCAAAGACAACUCAUUCAACAUAGUGCGCGUGUUUUACAAAGUUUAUGGACCAAAACUCGGUUCACAAAUGCUGGCUGAGUACAUUUCCGCUGUUAAACUACGGUUUGAAGAAAAACUAAACAAGCUAGAGCCGGAGCUGAGAGAAAAGUUCCCAAUUCGUUAUCAAGAGGAGCUUUCGAGAGGCAAAAGCAUUGCGGAAAUCUGGGAAGUGCCCCCAUUUAUCGAUGAGACACCUUAUAGCGCUUUGGUAUCAAGCAAAUGAUACAAUAAACCAGGACAUUCUAGGACUCUUUUCUCGUACACUAGGUGUGGAUCUUCCGUGGUACUCCUCUCCAUCAGUCUCAAAGCUUCACGAAACAAAUCUGCCGAUGCUUCAUUGUCGCCCGUGACUAUUGUUCCGUAUGAAAAAGGCUACAAAGUUAUCAUACCCGUCAUGUACUUUGCUUGCGCCAAUGCCGACAUUACAGCUCCAACCCAUCUAUCACUGGGUUUCUCCUUUGCAAGCUAAAGAGCCCUGAAGAAGAAACAAAACAAAUGUGAGAGACAACUUCACCGUGACUCAACGUUUUGUCAACGUGCGACGGUGAGCUGGAGCGGGAGAACCAAAAUCUGGCUGUCCAACCAAUACUGCAAUCGCUGAAUAAACGAACAAUCACAUUAAAGUGGAAUUUUAAAAAAUACCAUAAUAAAAUUGUCUUAAACCCUUUAACCC